AUGUCAUUAUUUAAAGCUUGGGGCUCGCCUUUCUUCGGCGGAACAUGGUUCGUCGUUGUUUUCCACCUCCCCCAAAUGGUCCAGAUUGCCCAUGGCACUUCGGCGCUGCAGGCUGGUGUUCGUCCCAUGCCAUUCACAUUUGCCGCACUUAUUGGUUCCAUCGUCACGUCGACGUUAGCUGGAAAGAGAAAAGUCCCACCUGUAUACAUCCUUAUUGCAGCUGCCUGUAUCUAA